CCUCUCUGUUGGGGCAAAAAAGACCCGAAAUAACCGCCAUUCGGGUCUUUACUGCAUCUGAAGGAAAAAGAAACCCUAGAAAGCUUACUUGGAGCUGUGCGUGUGCCAUACGCUUGCUCGUAUCUCUUCUUGUUUCUUCGGUUACCUCCUUGUUUUCCUAUCUGAUAAUCUUCCGCUACUUGGGGUUUUUCAUUUCUGUGAUUAGAUGGCGGAUCGACUGACGCGUAUUGCUAUUGUGAGUUCGGAUAGGUGCAAGCCUAAAAAGUGCCGUCAGGAAUGCAAGAAGAGUUGCCCCGUUGUUAAAACUGGUAAACUGUGUAUUGAGGUUACCCCAGCCUCGAAGAUCGCUUUCAUCUCAGAAGAAUUGUGUAUUGGAUGUGGUAUCUGUGUCAAGAAAUGCCCAUUUGAGGCAAUUCAAAUCAUCAAUCUGCCAAAGGAUUUGGAUAAAGACACAACACAUCGAUAUGGCCCUAACACCUUCAAAUUGCACAGGUUACCAGUGCCUCGGCCUGGGCAAGUUCUUGGUCUUGUUGGAACCAACGGUAUUGGGAAGUCUACUGCGCUGAAAGUUUUGGCUGGAAAACUGAAACCAAAUCUUGGUCGUUUCAAUAACCCUCCAGAUUGGCAGGAGAUAUUGACAUACUUUCGAGGAUCUGAGUUGCAGAAUUAUUUUACACGUAUCCUUGAAGAUAAUCUAAAGGCAAUCAUAAAGCCCCAAUAUGUUGAUCACAUUCCAAAAGCAGUUCAAGGGAAUGUUGGCCAGGUGCUAGAGCAAAAAGAUGAGAGGAAUAUGAAGGAAGAACUUUGUCAUGAUCUUGAACUUAAUCAGGUUAUAGAUCGCAAUGUUGGUGAUCUGUCUGGUGGAGAGCUUCAACGAUUUGCCAUUGCUGUGGUUGCCAUACAGAAUGCAGAGAUCUAUAUGUUUGAUGAACCCUCAAGUUACCUUGAUGUGAAACAGAGACUUAAAGCUGCUCAAGUGAUUCGAUCUCUGCUCAGGCCCAAUAGCUACGUAAUUGUUGUGGAGCAUGAUCUUAGCGUCCUGGAUUACUUGUCUGAUUUCAUUUGCUGUCUUUAUGGCAAACCGGGUGCAUAUGGAGUUGUAACCCUUCCCUUCUCCGUUAGAGAAGGAAUCAACAUCUUCUUGGCUGGAUUUGUUCCCACAGAAAAUCUACGAUUUAGAGAUGAAUCUCUUACCUUCAAGGUUGCUGAGACCCCUCAGGAAAGCGCGGAGGAAAUUGAAACAUAUGCACGAUAUAAAUACCCAACCAUGUCUAAAACUCAGGGAAAUUUCAAGCUCCGUGUGGUAGAGGGUGAAUUUACUGAUUCACAGAUUAUUGUGAUGCUUGGUGAGAAUGGAACAGGAAAAACAACAUUUAUUCGAAUGCUGGCUGGUUUGUUGAAACCUGAUACUGUUGAAGGUUCUGAUAUGGAGAUUCCUGAGUUUAAUGUCUCUUACAAGCCCCAGAAGAUCAGUCCUAAAUUCCCAUCCACUGUCAGGCACUUGCUACAUCAGAAAAUAAGAGAUUCCUACAUGCAUCCGCAAUUUGUUUCAGAUGUAAUGAAGCCCUUACUUAUUGAACAAUUAAUGGACCAGGAAGUUGUCAAUCUUUCUGGAGGAGAGUUGCAGAGAGUUGCAUUGUGCCUAUGCCUUGGAAAGCCUGCAGAUAUUUAUCUGAUAGAUGAACCAAGUGCUUACCUCGACUCUGAGCAGCGUAUCGUUGCGUCAAAAGUCAUUAAGAGGUUUAUUCUUCAUGCAAAAAAGACUGCUUUUGUGGUCGAACACGAUUUUAUUAUGGCAACAUAUCUAGCCGAUCGGGUUAUUGUCUACGAGGGUCAGCCAUCAGUUGAUUGUACUGCUAACUGUCCUCAGUCGUUGUUGACUGGAAUGAAUCUCUUCUUAUCUCAUCUCGAUAUUACGUUUAGAAGAGAUCCAACAAAUUACAGGCCUAGAAUUAACAAGGUCGACUCGGCGAAGGAUAGGGAGCAAAAGUCAGCUGGCUCCUACUAUUAUUUGGAUGAUUGAGAAUUUUAUAGAUGCUGUGGUUUUUCCAACUUAUAGAGAGCGCACCUCGGAAGCCAAAUUAUCGAAUCUCCGUCUUAAAAGAAAAGAGGUGCAGUGCUAAAGAAGGGAGGAUGGUUUUUGUUUUUGUGGAAUCUGUGUUUUGGGUUAUUGGUUUUAACUUGAUGACCUUGUUGAUUCUGCAUGUAGAGUAUAUUUGACCUGCUUGCAAAUUCUACAGUUUUCUGAGGCAUCUUUAAGGCAAGUCCAAAUGUUCACUUUUUUGUCCUCGUCCUCCUGCUCCUGCUCCUAAAUUUGUAUUUGUUUCGAGGAAGGAACAAAAAUAGUAUUUGCACAUUUUAGAUAUUAUUGUAUUGCGGCAAAAUUUCUUUCGCUUAUGUUACAAGGAAAUGAGUAGAUUCUAUUGCAUUACCA